GAGCCGACCCGCCUCGCCGCCGGCGCUCCGCCUGCCCGCGUACGAGUUCGGCGCCAAGGUCGCGACGCGCGAGCGCUACGGCGUGGCGCUGGCCGCGCUGGGGGCCUCCGACCCGCGGGUGGUCGCGCUCGACGCCGACGUCAAGAACUCGACCUUCAGCGACAAGUUCGAGCAGCAGCAUCCCGACCGCUUCUAUCAGACGUACAUCGCCGAGCAGGUGAUGGUGGGGGCGGCGCUCGGCCUCGCGAGCCGCGGCGCGAUUCCCUUUCCGUCGACGUUCGCCGCCUUUCUCACCCGGGCCGCCGACUUCAUCCGCAUGGGGGGCAUCGGCAACGUCAACGUCAAGUUCGCGGGCUCGCACGCGGGGAGUGUCGAUCGGCGAGGACGGGCCCGUCGCAGAUGGCCCUGGAGGACCUCGCGAUGAUGCGGGCGGUGCCGGGGUGCGUGGUGCUCUAUCCGUGCGACGCGGUCAGCACGUCGGCGCUCGUCGCGGCGGCGGCCGCGCACGACGGCAUGACCUACAUCCGGACCUCGCGCCCGAAGACCCCGGUCGUCUACGCGGCGGACGAGCGGUUUCCCAUCGGCGGGUCCAAGACCCUGCGCCAGAGCGCGGCGGACGCGGCCACCGUGGUCGCGGCCGGGGUCACCGUCUUCGAGGCGCUGGCCGCCUGCGAGACGCUGGCCGAGGCCGGGGUGCGCAUUCGGGUCAUCGACGCCUACUCCCUGCAGCCGAUCGACGCCGGCGCGCUGGUGGCCGCCGCGCGCGAGACCGGCGAUCGCCUGAUCACCGUCGAGGACCACUACGCGGCGGGCGGGCUGGGAGAUGCGGUGAGCGACGCCGUCGCCCCCCACGGCAUCGCCGUUCAACGCCUCGCGGUGCGCGACGUGCCCCGGAGCGGCAAGCCGGCCGAGCUGCUCGACCGGUUCGGCAUCUCGUCCCGUCACAUCGUGGCCGCGGUCAGGGCCGCGGUCGAGGACCGGUCCGAUGUCUCCGGCUUGACGUUCUCGCCUGGCGAGGUGCGUCUCGGGUGGCUCCACGACCUGACCAUCCCGUUCGAUCUCUGCCGGGGCCUCGCCGCGACAGAGGCCCUCCUCGAAGCCUGCGAUGAGAUCCCUCGGAAAUCCCCGCCGCGGAUGUGGGGAUACGACAACGGAUUGCACACGGCAGUCGAAGCUGGUCGAUCCGAACGGCAGCCGGCAACCGGCGCCGAGCGUCCAGGUCACGGCCGGACGUUGCCGGAUCCCGCGGUCUGCGGACCGCCGGGCCGGUGGUGGUCAGUUCCGUACGGCGCGCCACUCGGUGAUCCCGGCGGGCGUCCGGGCGGUGCCGCUCAUGGUCGAGCCGCCGCGGCCAUUCGGCCGGUGUACGAGAUGCCGCCGGCUUCGAAGCUGAUCCGGUCGCCGCGCAGCCGCCCUUCGCUAUCGCGAACGCGCCGUCCGCGGUGCGGAGCUCGCCGGAGACCUGCUGGAAACGCUGCUCGAGGACCAGCUCGCCGGCGUCCAUCCGCCAGGCGCCGGCGACUUUGGCGGGCACGAUCCACAGCAGCGACGUGCACCAGGUGGGGCACGGGUCGAGCACGACGGUCUCGUCGGGGAUCCACCCGGGGGCGUCGGGGUCGGUCUCGGACCCGCCGAGGUCCCAGGUGUUGGAGACGAUGCGGGUGCCCGGCCGCAGGUCGAAGAGGGUGGGCGCAGCCGGUAGUUGAUGUCCGGCAGCAGGAACAUCGUCACCACCGUGGCCGUCGAGAGAUCGAACUCGAACAGGUCGGUCGCGACGAAGUCGGUGCGGUCGGACACCCCCGCCUCGGCCGCGCGGCGCGCCGACAGCGCCACGAGGUUCGGCUCGAGCUCGACGCCGAUGGCCCGCGCGCCGAGGCGCGCCGCCGCGAUCACGGUACGGCCGUCGCCCGACCCGAGGUCGAUGACGAUGUCCUCCGGCGCCACCGCCGCCAUCUCGAGCAUCUUGUCGACGAGCACGUCGGGCGUCGGCACCCAGGGAACGUCCUUGCCCUCCUGGCCGAUCGCGGGCUCGGGAGCCGGCUGUCCGGCCGCCUCGGGCGGUGA